AUGGCCCUGUGCCAGAACCGUCUCGGGGAGGAGAGGAAGCAGUGGCGGAAAGACCACCCGUUCGGAUUCUAUGCGAAGCCUACUCGAACAAAGGAAGGCGUUCUGGACUUGAAGAACUGGGAAUGUGGUAUUCCGGGCAAGGAGAAGACGAUUUGGGAGGGCUGCCUCCUGAAGCUCAACGUCGCUUUUCCUGAUGAAUACCCAACGAAGCCUCCCAAGUGCAAAUUUACACCCCCGCUGUUCCACCCCAACGUCUAUCCUUCAGGCACCGUCUGCCUUUCGAUUCUGAAUGAGGAGGAGGCCUGGAAACCCGCCAUCACAGUGAAGCAGAUCCUGCUUGGCAUCCAGGACCUUCUGAAUGAUCCGAACCCCGAAUCGCCUGCCCAGGCGGAGGCGUACAACCUUUUCAAGAGAGACCGGGUCGAAUACGAGAGAAGAAUCAAGCGCGUGGUCCGUGAGAACCCGGCACCGUAA